GUUGGGUUGUUGAUGUGUUACAGAGAAACGUAAUACACAUACCUGUGUACCGAUAGCUUGGCAUAUACUGAGUACCAGCUUCAGCUGUUAGAACAAAACAAAAGAUUAACUGGUCUUGGAAACAUGGCCAUCGAGAUCCCGUGGUAUGAUAUAUUAUCAGCUGGUCUUGCAAUCACGACCAUAGCUUGUGUGACAUUAAACGCCGUUGUCCUCCCUGUUAUGGUUGUUAUAAGAUGGUCUCAAGGAUCAAACCAGACAAAGAACAUCAUCAAGACGUCACUGUGGCUCACACUGUGGGUGUCUGAGCUGUUUAACUCGAUGCAUUACAUUGGUAUGUUCAUCGUGGCGAUCUGUAAACAGUUUGAUUCGUUACACAUGUACAUCGACGAUGUUUCGCCAAUCACGGCGAUUUUGUACGCUACGGGUCUGAUUGGCUUGAAUGUGGAGAUGAUUCUCAGGCCGUACUUACGGAGAUUCCGGAUAAUAACUCUUGCGGCCGUAGCUUAUGGGUGCUUCUUCGCACCCGGGUGUCUUGCUCUCGUUCUGGUUCUUUCGCAGUACAGUUUGCAAUCUUUACCAGAAUUCUACUACCUGUAUGAUACCUGGGUUUCCGUCUUCAACCUUGUUCUCAACACAUUGGCUCUUUUCUUCAGCUGUCACUUAACCUGUUCACGUGUAAUGAGAAGUAGAUUUGCUGCUACACGUUUAGCUAGUGCAAGAAUCCAACAGCCUGGAGAAUCUGGCUCUGUAAGUUUGGCCAGUCAAGGAGUCAACAAGGAUUUUCCUAGAAAUCUUGGUUCCAUUAAUUCUGGUUCUUCAAACGUAGAUAUUGAAGAGCAAAUAUCGCUUUCAGGAACUACGUUUUCAGUAGCGGAAAUUGAUAGUUCAAGAUUACUUUUAGAAAACUCCAUAACAUCUCCUGAAGCUUCAUCAUCAACCUUAAGACAUCGUGAAGAUGACCUGGGUCUUCCACAGAACGUCGUGGGUUCGAACCCAAGUGAUCAUGUCGAACCACUGAACAACCCGCCUCCAUAUCACGUAAUGGUGAGCCCACAAGAGGAAACUGAAGCUGAAGAAACAACCAGCCCCCUAACUCCGCUUUUACCGCAAACAGAUUCGAACAUCUCCGCAUUCGAUGACGACCCUAAAAAAGAAAGUGUUAACAUUUUAGCAGUCACCUUAACUUCUGCAAUACUCAUGUAUCCAUUUUGGAUAGUAAAGUUGAUAAAUGAAAGUGAUUUUUUGGGUCUCUAUAUGAUAACUUUGCAACUCUCCUGUUCACGAAGUUUGAUACUUGCCUCAAUGUUGAUUUCUUUCUUACCAACGUCUGUUCGACGUAUAAACAGUGGCGUAGCGACCAAAAAGCUAGCGUAAGCAAGGCAUAGGGGCCCAGGGCAAAUAGGGGCCCUUUUCCCUCUGUAAUUUUUUUUAAACUUUUAUGUUGGAAUUUUAAUAUUUGUAUUACAAAAAUAAUUUUAAAAAGAAAACGGAAAUCCAGUUUUUUUUCUACUGUAGAAGCAAUCAAAAGUUCCAAAAAAGGACCCCAGACCUUUGUAACUGGGGGGGGGGGGUGUACAAGGCCCGUCGGUAUUAAUAACACUAUAGGCAUUGUUGCAUUAUCGGGCAAGCCGUUGAUAAUUAGCCUAUAAAUAAACUUGAACAUUGACUCUUUUAUGAGAAUGUCAUGCGGCACCCGCAAAUUUAUACGCAUCGCUAAAAAAUCUCUACCCCCACCGCCCCACAAACCUGCACCCCCCUCCCCUCUCAACUAUCUAUCCUCACCGAAAUUCCAUCCAUUCACAACAAGCUACGUCGAACAUGUGUAAUUGUUUUUCUAGUUUUAACCUUAAUCACAAUUUGUUUAUUGAUCUAAUUAUUUUUAAUCAAUGUGCCGCUACUUAAAGAUAUUUGUUUGUCUGUCUCCUUGUCCUUUAUGCAAAAAUGAUCCAAUCGCCAAGAAACAUUUGGAAGUCGUUUAGAAUAAUUCAGACAAACCUCUACUGACAGUGAAAUUUCCUACCACAACCCCACACAUGAGGAGCAGUGCCUUCCUCUCGAAGAGAGGCCAGAAAGCAAUUACGUUCGGAUAGCGUUUCUUUGACAGUACGGCGGUUCGGUUUGCCACCCAGAUUUUCCCAAAAGCUUUGUUAGUGCCUAGGGUCAGUUAUUGGAGUGUCCUGCACAAUGAGUCAGGAUUACUUCCAAAUUCAAAGGUCAAACUGCACAGGUGUAUCCCCUCGUGAGCACUGCGGCGCAUACACUUGUUUUAAUGAGCGCCAUGCCCUAGGGAUACGGAGAAAGAAAAUAAGGGGUGUCAUUCAGCCGCCUCGGCAGUAGUAUACGAUUAGGCUCCCCGAGUCUCUCCAUUAUGAAUAUGUUAUGAAACAAGUUGUAAAUAUGCCGUUUGGGCCAGUAACUUGGCCAUCCUAAAAAUUGAACAUACAGAAGCAAUUAAAAUGAACAUCAAGGAACAUAUUAAUCACUUUGCAAACAUAUAAGAAAAGAAAAAACAAAUCUAAAUAAAUCACGAGCAACUUUUUAAAAUUUGUAUUUGGUUAGUGGCGUCACAGGGUUCGAUAUCACCCCGUCCAACAAUUUUGAUUUCCGGUGGAGUGUUACCUCCUCUUCUUAAUAUAUUACUAUGUUAACUGAAUAAAACGUAGUUUUGACAGUUUUCCUCAUGGUAUCAAACCUAAAUUGUGAGGCCCCUGCCCUGUGACCGCACUGUGUUAGGUUACUUAAAUGUUGCAGGCUUACAGUUAAUUAGUUUAUUUUUACACAAAAAGUGAUAUAAA